UUUUGCUUGAUUUAUGGAAUUGAAUUCUACCAUGGCUUCAAAACUCAAUGUUCUUAUGGUCGGAACAGGUGAGUACACUACCGGAUAUGUCUAUGACGGUGCAUCCGUAUCAGACAAGAAAAUUGGUGUCGUUGGUCUUGUUCUUUAUGAUAUGCGUCGUAAAGGCAAAGCCGAUUGGUUGGGCAUGGUUGGCACCACUGGAAGAAAGAAUGCCGGAUUAAAGUCCCAUUUACAACAGCAAAUUGCUCAUGUAUACAAAGAUAUGGAUGUCACUACCGAAUUCUUCCCGUCCGACUCUGUCGAGUAUUCACCGACUGAAUACAAGACUGCAAUGGAUCGUAUGCAGCCUGGUGAUGCGGUAACCAUCUUUACUCCUGAUGACACUCAUUUUGAUAUUGCUUUGUAUGCGAUUCGUCGUAAACUGCAUGUUCUCAUUGCUAAACCUGCUGUCAAAACAGUCGAGCAUCACAAAAUUCUUAUUAGCGAAGCCCAAAAAUACAAUGUUUUGGUUGUCGUUGAAUUUCACAAGCGGUUCGAUCCUAUAUAUUCUGAUGCUCGUGAGCGUAUCCGUGGUCUUGGAGAUUUUGGCUUCUUCUCAUCUUAUAUGAGCCAGCCAAAGUUCCAGUUGCAUACAUUUAAAAGCUGGGCCGGAAAAUCAUCUGAUAUCAGCUACUAUCUCAAUGCACAUCAUAUCGAUAUGCAUGUUUGGAGUCUUCAAGGUCGUGCUCGACCCAUCAGUGUUACAGCCAGUGCUGCUGGUGGUGUUGCUGUUGAUACUCCAUACAACUGUGCUCCAGGAACCAUGGAUACCAUUACAUUGAUGGUAAAAUGGGAGAAUCUUGAAAGCGGCAAUCCUGGAACUGCUGUAUACACAUCAUCGUGGUCUGCACCCAAAGCAGAAGUGCACUCUCAACAGCGCUUCUUUUAUAUGGGACACAAGGGCGAGAUAAGAAUUGACCAGGCCCACAGGGGAUACGAAGUUGCUACCGAUGCGACUGGUUAUGCUUCUGUCAAUCCACUUUUCAUGCGAUAUACGCCAGACGCUCGUGGAUACUACGGUGGGCAGCAAGGAUACGGCCACCAAUCUAUUGAAGCAUGGGCGGAUGCUUGUCUAAAAAUCAAAAAUGGAGAUGCUUCUCCUCAAGAUUAUACCGGCGUGUUGCCAACCAUAGGAGACACGGUCAUGGUGACUGCAGUACUCGAGGCUGGAUUUAAAAGUUUGCAAAAUAACGGCAUGACUGUGAUGAUUGAUCUUGAAAGCUAAAACGACUUUGAGGGUUUGCAAUAAAUGAAGCCCAUGAGGCAAGUCAGAAUUGCUCCG